AUGACCUCGGUGGAAUUUACGGACGCCCCUGCGCUGUCGGACAGACACGACCCCCGUAGGCUUAGCUGCGGCUCGCCCCGGGAGCCGAAACCAACAUCAACUUACAUCCCCUAUUGUAUAUAUCAGAAACAAACCUACGUCAACUGCACACCACGCGAGAAGCUGCCCCUUAUAACCACGGCAAUUGCGAAGAUACCGACAACGCAUCCCCCUGCACUCCGCUCCUACGGCAUGCCCUCGAGCCCCGACGCCCCGCCAAACAGCACAUGA